AUGAGGGAGAGAGCAAACAGUCUGUCACUGAUAGACGCUUUCAAGAGAGGAGAGAAAAGGAAGGAGAUGGAAGAAAUACAGGCAGGAAUUUUCAAGAAAAGCGUAAAGGUAAUGAGAUCGCCAGAGAAACAGACGGAAAAGCAAUUAGGGAAGCAGAUGGAAACUCAGUUAGUGGAACAACCAGAAAAACAGGUGGAAGAGAGGAUGGGUGAGAUUUUGAGGGAGGUGAGAGAAGGUUUCAAGGAGGUGAAAGCGGAAUUGAGAGAGGUGAAGGAGGGGAGGACGGAGAUGAGAGAAUGGAUGGAGGAAAUGAGAAGGAGAUUAGACAGUUUGGAGAAAAGAGUAGAGGAAAUGGAGAAAGAUAAGGGAGGGGAGGAGAAAGAGGAAGAGUGUGGGGAAAAGAAGGUAAAGGAAAAGAUAGAACAGUUGGAGUUAGGGAGAAAGGGAGAGAUGAAGGAAGUAGAAGAAAGAAUGAAGAGGCUAGAGUUGGAGGGGGAAAAGAGGAAAAGGGAAGAGAGGAAGAGAAAUAUAAUUGUAAAGGGGGUGAAAGCAAAGGAGGAGGGAAUAGAGGGGUUAAGAAAAGAGAUAGAAGAGAUAGUGGGGGUGACAGGGGCGGUGGUGAGAGUGGAGGGGAUGAGAAGCAUUGGGUAUAAGAACAAGGAGGGAAGGGAGAUGGUAUGGGUAAGACUAGCGAGUGUAGGGGAGAAAAUAGAGGUGAUGAAAGGAAAGGCAAAGCUGAGAGAAAGAGGGGAGUGGAUAGUAGAUGAUCUGACUGAGAAAGAAAGAAGGAUAGAGUGGUGGAUAAAGAGGGAGGCAGAAAGGAAUAGGAGGGAGGGUAGGAGAUUAAGGGUAGGAUAUAUGAAAACAUGGAUUGAGGGGAAGCUAUGGGUUUGGGACGAGUUUAGAGACGAAUUGAGGGAAUGGAAGGGAAAAGAAGUAAGGGAGGAGAGGAAGGGGUGGGAGAGGGUGAAAGAAUGGCUGCCGAAGGGUUAUAUGUGGGAAAUGCAGGAGGCUAGAAGGAGGAAUAAAAAGGGGUGA